UUGGUCUUAUUGCUUCGUCGUCGUCAAUAAUAACUAUCAGAUCAGCAUCGCCGUACGUACCAAUCGAAGCACACACGACCAUGGCACAGGCACAGCCACAGGCGCAGGCGACCAGUGAAGUCGUCGUCAAGUGUGCCACCAAGGCCAUGACGAAUGACAAAGACAGGGCCGCCAUCGCCAGCGCCAGCGCGGCGGCGUCUCAGGGGUCGGUAGGCAGCGGUGCCGCCACGCCCUUCAAGUUCAACGUCCACGCGCCGGAGUUCGUGCCUAUGUCGCCUGCCGCCGCCAGCCCCAUGGCCAGCCCCAUGUCGGCACCGGCAGGUGGCUACUACUCGCCCUUCAUGCAGAUGCAACCGGGCUUGGCGCCCGCCGAUUGGAGCUUUUUCCACGAGCACGAGCCCGUCUUCUUCAUGCCCGACUUAGCGCACGCUAAGUUCGGCGCGGCCACCGCCACCGCCGCUGGCGCUGCUGGGAGCAACAGCGCCCAGGCCAAGGGGGCCGCCACCACCACCGAUGUUGCACAGAAGAUUGUUAAGCAGGUUGAGUAUCAGUUCAGCGACAUCAACCUGGUGGCAAACGAGUUCUUGCUCAAGAUUAUGAACAAGGACACAGAAGGCUAUGUUCCGUUGUCAGUCAUUGCAUCCUGGAAGAAGAUCAAGUCUCUUGGGGCAACCAACCAGAUGCUGGUGAAGGCUCUUCGCACCUCCACAAAGCUCAAUGUGAGUGACGACGGCAAGAAAGUCCGGCGGAGGCAGGCAUUCACGGAGAAGCACAAGGAAGAGCUUCAGUCCCGCAUGAUCAUAGCGGAGAAUUUGCCAGAGGACUCGUCUCGGAACAGCCUCGAGAAGAUCUUUGGCGUCGUGGGAAGUGUGAAGAACAUCAAGAUAUGCCAUCCACAAGAGCCUAACACCGCAAGGGCUUCCAAGUCCGACACGCUUGUCAGCAACAAGAUGCACGCACUUGUGGAGUACGAGACGUCGCAGCAAGCCGAGAAAGCAGUGGAGAAGCUGAAUGAUGAACGGAACUGGAGGAAAGGGCUCCGUGUCCGCACAGUGCUCAGGCGCUCGCCCAAGUCAGUGACGAGGCUGAAGCGUGCAGACUUGGACCACUUUGUGGCCUCCGACGACGACUCGCCGCACUCCUCAUCAGACUCCCCGACGGCGGACUGCUCUUCACCUGCCGAGGCAGCGGCGGCUCACGCUCACGUCUAUCACCAGCAGCAGCAAGAGGAGCAGCAGAAUGGGGGCAAUUGCAAGCACAAAGGCAGCUGGGCUCGAGGACGAGCUGGCACGGCGACCAAGCUGCACAUCACGGCGCCGCAGAGCCCCCAGUCGGCUCCCGCGGGCAUGGCCGGCGGCCACUUCGACCCGACCAGCCCCCGCCCGUCGUCGUCGUCCCAGAAGCAGUGCCCCUCCAGCCCCGGCAGCAGGCAGCUCCCUGCUUCUGCCUCUGCCUCCUCCCACAAGUGCCCCUUCAGCCCCAGGCAGGCUCAGCAUCAUCCUCCCCAGGGCCCCAGGAUGCCCGACGGCACGCGCGGCUUCACCAUGGGCCGGGGCAAGCCAACGUCGCCACCAGCAGCGGCAGCGGUCCUCGUUUAGUUUCACCUUCCGGGCUGGCUAAUCCUGCCUGUCUCUGUUUGCUCUUCAUGCGCAUCAACCCUUUCUUUUCUGGGUUUAUUAAGGUUCAAAUAAAGUUGCCUGCCUGCCCUGACUGCUGCUGGCAAUACGGAUUAUGUAUAGAAUAGAAUAUAAUGGUAUUGAGGACUUACAAAAAUAUACUUACUAUUUUUAAUAACAAUAUAAUAAAGAACCACCGUUCCAGUGUUUCACUUUCAACAAGAUACAGUGCUCGCACAUGAA